AUGUGCUUAAAAGAAAACACUACGAUUUCAGGUCCACCUGGACCACCAGGAAGAGAUGGCCAACCCGGCAAACCUGGACCUCAAGGUCCUGCAGGUGAUCCAGGCGAGAAAGGUGCCGAUGGCUUGCCUGGACCACCUGGUCCUCCUGGACCAAGGGGACCUCCUGGACAGCCGGGCUCAUGUGACCAUUGUCCACCGCCACGCACUGGUCCUGGAUUCGUACGUCGUUGA